CAUGGACUGGUCUCGCCACAGUUAAGGUCACUCAAAAAUUAAUUCAGAAAAAGAGAAGAAAACGAAGAAAAUGGCAAAGAACCUUGACUCCAUCAGCUUCACGGUUCUCUUGCUUGUCCUCUCGAUGGCUUCUACGGACAUUAUGAAGAGCGAGGCUACAUGCAUUUUCUUAAACGGCCGCACGAUGACUGCCCCAUGUUUAGAUACUAACUGCAGAGCCUUUUGCGACAACCUAUAUGGGAGUAAUAAUCUUUGUGCUGCACCUUGUGAAGCUGUCGGGAAAAAGGUCAACUGCCAUUGUUACGGAUAUAUACGUGGUGAAGUUUGAGGAUAUCACAAGUGUGUACGUUUAUGUUCAAAUUUUGUUUGCUCCCACAUGAAACGUCAAGGAAAAUUUUAGCACUGCUUGCACCAAGGUGAAAUCCCAUGUUUUGUACACUUUGAAUCAUUAUUAAUAGUAAACUCGUUUGUGUUUAAUUAGAUCCCGGUAACAUUUAACUUUCUAUCCAUAGAGAGAGUUUUGUAUAUUGUUGAUGACAAAAACUCAUUGUCAAAUUACCGGGUUCUACCUCUCGGUUUAACUGCGACUCCUCCCUUUGCGGUAAGAGGUUGUAGCAAUCCGGCUCAAAACCUCAGGACAGCUUCUCGGUUUGUUGUGUCGGUCCCCAAUUAGUCUAGAUCAAGUUUGUGUUUAGUUUUUUGUUUUCUGUUAGUCUGCCUCUUGUUCUCUAUGUAUUGUAUCUUUGUCAAAAAUAUAAAAACUGGUAAUAAUAUCUUUACAUUUUU